AAAACACAAGAAAUGGCCAGCCACCACAUUACGCAUGCGCAGUGGUCGGCGCUGUAAAACAAGUCAAGGAGGGAACAUGAAGGCUGCUGCAGGUUGACUUCAAUAACUGUCGAGGACAGCAGAUGCUAGCUUGUCAUGGGAGGCAGCCGAGGUUGAAAUGCACCGCCGAGGCGCUGCAGGAUGAACAGUCGUUGUGUUCGCCAUGACUCUGAGGUCCACUCUGUUUCCAAACACAGGAUUCAAGCAGGACGCUGACACCAUUGACUUUGACAAGGCGCAUUUCGGGAACGCCACCGUGAGACCCGUGACCCUCAAAAGGGAGCCAGGCUGCGACUUUGUUAUAAAUGUUCAAAACGCACACGGGGGCGAGAUCCCGAGCAGAUCCCAUGUAUUAAACCAGAGUUACAUGACAAGCAAAGUUUCCCUCGCGGCCACAGUUGCAGAAGUUGUUCAAGGAGACAAUAAAACUGUGGGGGUUUUGUCCCCUGUCAGACAAAUGGGGGGUGAGGGAACCCCAGUGAAAGGUAAACCCCUCUCUGGUGACGAUAUGGAUAACCCUCAGAUGGCUCUCAACAAUAACCCUAAGGAUGCAGGUGCGGAUGACAGUGUGAAGGGGAUGGUCCCUGGAGUCCUUGGCACUGCAUCCAUUGAACUCUCCGCUGAGGGCAAGUGGAGGAAUAUCAGGAAGACCCCUUCCAAUCCCCACACACAGGCCAACUGCCUCCGGCAAAUUCUCCUGCUCCAGCUGGACCUCAUUGAACAACAGCAACAACAGCUGCAGUCCAAGGACAAGGAGAUAGAUGAGAUAAAAGCAGAAAAGGAUACGCUGCUUGCACGUAUUGAGCGCAUGGAGCGUCGCCUGCAGCUCACAAAGAAGGACCCGCCCAGAGAUAAACGCCUUUUCCAGCCCCUGGAGCCAUGGACCCCUGACAAAGAGGACGUGUGGGAUCUGGAAGGAGAGGAGGGUCAACAGGGCAACUCAACCAAUCAGCUCCCCUUUAGUCGGGGUGGCAAAGGUCAAAAAAGGAAGUCUUGCUUUGGAGAUGUAAAAGGGCAGAAAUCCCGGGGCAAAAGCGCCAAACUCAGCCCCCACAAGUCUGAUAUUCAGCCCGGCUCUCCCAAUCAGAGAGAGCUGCGCAGCAAGGAAACCCCAGAGAAGACCUUUCCAAUGAGGUCAGGGUCAGAAAGGGACCCCAUGCUCCCGUGCAAAGAGGAGCCCGGGCUGAGUUGUGAGAUCGACGACUUGCCCUUCAUGUCUACUACUGAGAUGUACCUCUGUUGCUGGAACCAACCUCCUCUCUCGCCUCUACGUGAGACUUCCCCUAAAAAGGAAGAAGAGGUGGCCAGUGAGUGGACUCCUCAUGUAGUACAUGAUAUGCUGAUUGUUUUUCCAUCUUGGAGGGAAAAUCCAAUAGAGCCGUUGGAAGAUGAUCCCUCCUUUAUCCCUCCUGAGCCGAUGGACGACAGUGUGUUCUUGAAACGCCACGCAAAGCUGGAGUUGGAUGAGAAGCGGAGGAAAAGGUGGGACAUCCAGCGAAUCAGAGAGCAGCGUGUGUUUCAGCGUCUGCAGCAGCGCAUGAACAGGAAGAAAGUCGUCGCUGAGACGGAGCCAGAGCUCUCCUCCUUCUACCCCGAAACUGAAGAUGUUGAAACCAUAGUGAUCACUCCCUUCUUGCCUGUGGUUGCAUUCGGCCGUCCGUUACCCAAACUCUCACAACAGAACUUCGAGCUGCCUUGGCUGGAUGAUCGAAGCCGAUGUCGCAUCGAGGUGCCCAAAAAACACACUCCUCACCGGACCUGUCGGAAGUGAAACCCUGUUGUUUGUGUGUUAAUAGCGGAGAGAUGCCGCUCCAUGCCCAGAUUAGAAAAUGCUAUAUUUGUCUUGCCUGGAGGGGGGAUAAGAAAAGUCACCAGUCGCUGUGUAUCACCGCUGUUGCUUUCAGUCUGAAGUCUCAAAAUGUCACCACCGAUCAGCUGAUCUCCUGCAGAAAACUAUGCGAGGACCGUAAAUUGCUGCGUCACUGGGUGUCCUUGAUAUUAAUCAUUUACACUUCUGAAAGGGAGAUACACCCUGAUGCCACAAGAUAACAGUCCCUGUGUUAGCAGCAGUUAAAGAUCCAAGUUUGCAUUCUUAAAAAGAAAUGGAGGAACAGUUAUGUGCAUGUUCUGUCACAUUUAUCAAACACAUUUUGUAGCAGCUGGGCCAUCCAAACUUGAGUAAAAGUGGAGUAUAUGUCACUUUUUAUGCAAUCAGCUAACUGGAUUAAAUGGACUCUAAUCUUGGGUGUGUUCAUGUGGGGUAAACAAAAAACACUUGUUGCCAUUUUGACAAAAGUAGAGCUUGUGCUGUACGCCAUUCGCUCCAGCUUUUUGUCCUGGGUACACUCAUUCCAAGCUUAAGUGGAAAACAAGUCAAAAUCUGACUGUAUCGUGCUGUGUAUUGCCUAUAUCGUUAUUCGCACACAACUUAAAAUAAGAUUUCAUCAAUGUUUAGUGUGAUAUCAGAAGAUAUGAGCAACACUCGGCAUGGAUUCACAUAAAAAAAAAAUAGCAGUGCCAAUUCAACAUGAGAAAAAUAUCAACAAAAAGCAACUAACUGAUUGUUCUGUGUUCCUGGUUUGCUUUUUGAAAACAACGGCACGGUUAAUUCCAGGGGUGGUGAACUAACGUGAAACCCACAGUUCUGUUCCCUGUACUAACAUUUGUUUUUUUUAUGUGAGUUGCAUGGACCCUAUUUAGCUGUUUUAAUAAAACAUGGUAGCAUGGCUUCACCCCUCGAACGGAGAACAGUCUCUGCUCAUCGGGCUACAAAAUGUUGUUCUUGAAAGCAUGACUUACGGCUGCUCUGUUCAGUGAGAGUCUCAUCGUCAGUCUGAUGACUGAUCUUUCGUGUUUACAAUCUUAACAAUACGCUUACAUCCAGUUAAUACUAGGCAAGUUGUGUGUAUGCACUUGGUCUCUUGAAGCAGUAGUCUGACAUUUAAGGGAAUCAUUUUAGACAAUAACUAAGCUUACUAGCUGUAGUAAUAGCGAUGUUCGAUAGUAUGCUCUAAAACAUGCCGCCCUUUCUGAGGUAAUCUCAGCUCCAAUCGCAGUGUGUGAUUUCUGCCCUGGCUGCGUUAGCUAAACCUCUCUCUACAUAUGAUGCAAUGGCUUUCUGCAGCUUCAAUCUGUAUGUGUAGGCCGAUUUUUGCUAAUACAAUGUUGAUUUUUUUAUUUUUCUGUACAUAGCUUCCAGAAACAAAUGUACAUAAAACAUGGCUGUUAUUUUUUUAUUAUUUAAUGUUGGACGUGUUGAGUACAUUCAAUAUUGUUCUAUGAUUGUAUGUUGACAAAUUGACAGUUUUGAAAGUUAAAUUCUUUUGGAAUAAAAUUAACAUGUCUACUUUA